AUUUUAGUACCGCAGGAUUCGUGAAUACAUCAGGAAUCUGGAUAUACAAUUAUUUUUGUGAUAUUUCAAGUGUCUAAAUGACAUUUGAUGGAUAUUAUUUCAGAUAAAUUGAGGAAAAUAUUUCAGACUUACACAAAAAUACAGUAUUGAACUGCAUUGAUGUAAUUAAGUUUUUAGCACUUAAAGAACUAGAAGGUGUUAAUGUGCAUAUUAGCUGCCUAUGACCAUGGCUAGCCCUCAACCCUCAGAAGUUGGAACUGAUAUUGGCUUGCUUAUUGGAUCACCUGAUUCUUUUUAUAAAGAAAGUCAGGGGUCACCUGAAUCAGCUGAUAUUCUGACCUUAAACCUGACUAUCAACAACUCUCCUGAACAGUCUCAGUGUUCUCAGGCGGCAUCUCAAGCUCGUGCUUUGACUCCAAGAGAACCAACCUGCUCAACUAAUCUUGCUUCACCUUCACAGAAUGACACUCAAAGGUCUGUCCAUAAACGCAGAAGUAAACGUCUAGGCAAAAACACAUUGCCUUUGGAUCUUAAUGGUACUUUCAACUCAGACUCAGGAGCGAAGCGUAAACGUCCUGUUCGAGCGUGUAGGACGGCCCCUAAGACCCCAAAGCUUCCUAAGUCCAAUAAAUUACAUACUCGCUGUACUUCCAAAUAUGACUCUGAUAUAAACACUCGCAACCUAGUAGCUAUCAUACAAGACCUUAAGGUGGCAGUUGAUAACACCACAGCCAAGGUUGAUGCUUUGCAGAGCACAGUGAGUGCAAUAAACACUACGAAUCUCGAUCUUGUAAAACAACUAUCUGCAAAAACUGCAACCUGCAAUGAACUUGAAAAAGAGUGUAAAAGCCUUCGUGAAACCCUUAACUGGCAUAAAAUGAACAAAUCCCAAAAUGAACCUGUCAAACCCCACCCCAAAAAUGCUUCAAAAACGCUGGUGAUUGGAAGUUCUAUCGUUCGUGACCUCGAUCAAGAUAAACUCAAUGAUGUUGAAGUUAUUUCUAUUGGUGGGGCAGACAUUGAUAUGGUCCAUAAGCGACUCACUAAUUUAGACACCAAGUACCAAAAGGCUAUUCUUCAAGUAGGAAGUAAAGACUGUGCAAAAUCAUCAGAUAAGGCCUCGAUCAAAGCCAAAUACCAAUUAGCUAUUAAGGGUGCCAAGAACAUUGCUACCACUGUUGCCGUUUCUAGCAUUUGCCCUCGAACCGACAAAGAAUUGGCUCAGAAUACCGCCGAUGCCCUUAAUGCUGGGCUACAGAUCCUAUGCGAGGAGGAAAAGAUCGAGUUCAUCAACAAUGACACAAAUGGCUUUAAACUACAGAGUGGAGAAAUAAAUGAAGGUUAUCUCUGGUCUGACGGUCUUCACUUAUCAAAGCCAGGAUCUAAUAAAUUGGCACGUAACAUGGGACUCGGCUGUAAGACACGAGAUGUUACAAAAAACAACCGUGCCCGUCAACAGCAACGUAACUUGCAACGCUCAUCGCAGGAUACAGCCCAACACAAACCUACCAGCAACGAUAUUCAUGUCCCCUAUUUGCAGCAACAACAGCCCCCCGGACGUGACCAACGUGCCCAGCCCCCCUCCCAUGAUAUUUCACGUAACAUUUCACCAGCCUGUUUUAAAUGCGGAGAAAGGAGUCACCUUGCCAAUUCUUGUUGGCACACAAAUUCCAUACGCUGCCACUCCUGUUCCAAUUUUGGACAUAAGAAAGCAAGGUGCCCAUUCACACAAAACUUAAACCACCCUAAUUUUGUUAAUGGACAGUUUGGACAGCGCUGGCCACAAUAGGCUUUAGGCAAUGUUUCUGCCUUCGUCCCAUCUGACUCAUUUACAAUAUCUCCGCCCACUCCUGAACCUGUCAUUCACCAACGUAAUCGCAAAACUCGUCGGGGAAGAAGAAAGAUCUAUACCAGCUCCACUCAAAUGACCUUUGCUUUUAAUAAUGUAUGCCACUUUGGCCUUGCUAAACAGCAUGAGCUCAACCAGACUUUAUCUAAAUGUAGCUAUGAUAUUGUUGCUAUUGCUGAAACUUUUUUUGAUGACACUAACACGCUUUCAAUUUUAAAUGAUAACUAUGUGUGGAUCCCUAAAAACAGAGUUGGUAAAAAAGGUGGUGGUGUAGGAUUCUUUGUUAAGAAAGGAAUAGUAAUCCUUGACAAUGAUUUAC